AUGGCAGAUUUCAGCUACCUUGCCCGCCCUUCUGCUGAAUGGACUUCCUUUCUUCAACAGCAAUCACUGCCUCCUGCUUCUGACCCAACCAGCAACCCAGAUAUAAAAGCCAUUCGUCGUCGAAUCAACUCACAGCGUUUUACCGUUAGCAGCGACGAGUUAAAAGCUAUGGGUGGCCAAGGCGUCAAGACUAAAACUUUGAUGAUUGUUGGUGAGGACUGCGUGGAAAUACCCAUCCGCCUCUAUGUCCCUCGCAACCAUGGCUCCUCGGUCCUCCUGUACUUUCACGGAGGUGGUUUCUUCUCCGGCUCUUUGUCUACCGAGGAUGCAACUUGCACCAGUUUAGCCCUGAAUUGUGGUCUUACCGUUGUCAGCGUGGGUUAUCGGUUAGCUCCAGAGUGGAAAACUCCAGCACCUUUCCAAGAUGCAUGGGAUGCGCGAUGCUGGGUCAUACAGAACGCAGCCAGGAUUGGGAUGCCACCGGAAUUUGGUCUUCAUGUCAUGGGUAUCAGCUCUGGUGCUUGUCUGGCAGCAAGUAUCGUUAUUCGAGAGAGAAUGCUGGGAGAGUCUAUCAUCAAAGGCCAAUGUUUAGCCGCUCCAUGGCUCUGCUUGCCCGACAAGUUCCCCUACGAACAGAUCCAAGACAACAAGGCUUCUCCGAUGCAGUGUCAGAAUGCACCCCUCCUCUCUUAUUCAUGGGUCGAGCAAUACGCCCGCAUGAUGGAUCCUCCUCAGUCCUGUCGUGACAGUCCAAUCAUUAACCCACUUCUCUUGGACGAGAAAAACAUUGACAAACUACCGCCCACACAUAUCAUGGUCUGUGGCGAUGACCCGUUGCGUGACCAUGUGUCCCAGUUAAGCUCAAUGUUUAUCCAGGUUAUGCCCAUUACUUCCGCAGAUUCCCUAAUGCGCCAGCCAACGACGCCUGGGAUAACGAUCUCUGUGAGGGCAUUUGUUGGAUGA